UUAACUUUCAUUUUCGUUUUGUCUGAAGUGUCAUUUUCCGCAAACCACAAAGGACACUUCCGAAACCGUUUCGAAGGGCUUUAUCUACAUAAUUUCGGUGUCUUUUCGUUUUAAUAACUAGUUUUUUAAAAUUUAGUUUGUGGGAUAUUUUAAUUAUAAUUCGAUUUUAGUGAUACCAAUUAUUUAGAAAAACGAAAGUAGACAAGUAGACUCAGUGAGGCUAGGGAAGAAAAAAAUUAAUCACAAACACAAUGUGAUUAGACCUUACGGUAUGGCUUGUAAUGUGCAAUUAUCUAAAGCUCUGGUCAAAUUGUUAAGACAUGAUGCUAGGACCAGAGGGUUACUCCUCACGCAGGAAGGAUAUGCAAAUGUUGAUGACAUACUUAAACUCCCAUACUUCAAUAGUUUUGACGAGGAUGACAUAGAACGACUAGUAGAUAGGGAUAAUAAAGGGAGGUUUGCCAAACGAGGAAACGGAGGACAACUUCAAGUCAAAGCAACACAAGGACAUAGUUUGAAGCUUUCUGAUCCAGAAUUAGAGCCAAUCAUUCAUUCAAGUCAAGCAAGGGUCGUUCUUCAUGGAACCAGGGAACGGAAUAUGGACAGUAUCCGAAAAACGGGUAUAAGUCGCAUGAACAGGGACCAUAUUCAUUUCGCUCCCUCUGAACAUGGUGCUAUGAGUGGUAUGCCUGCUAAGUGUGACAUGGCCAUUGAAAUAGACAUUGGGAAAGCUCUUAGAGAUGGAAUAAAAUUUUACAAGUCUGAGAAUGGAGUGAUUCUUAGUCCUGGAGAUAGAAAUGGAUGUAUUCCAACAAAAUAUUUUAGUAGAGCUUAUGGUCUCAAAUCAAGAGAUGCGAUAGAGUUCUAAACAAAACUGCAGAUAGCAGAUAUAUAAUUCUUCAACCUUUGACAAUUUUAUUUUACAUUUUAUACCUUAAUUGUUUUAAGUUUAUAAUUUAUUGAUAUGUGAAUUGAUAUGUGAUAUGUUAGAUUUUAAUUAAAUUUUAUUUCUUG